AUGCUUCGAAUAAUACAAGAUACACAGACAAACGUCCAACAAGCAGAAGAACAAUAUGUACCUCUUAAAAAAGUGAAUAUUGAUACUACUAUUCAGUCAUUUGCCGCUGAUGUUACAAUUACACAAGUGUUUCGAAAUGAUGAAAAAACAUCAAUUGAAGCUGUAUACUGUUUUCCAAUUGAAGAACAAGCAGCUGUUUAUGGUUUCGUUGCACGUAUUGAUGAUCGAGAGAUUGUUGCUCAAUUAAAAGAGAAAAAAACGGCUCAAAAAGAAUAUAGUGAAGCUCUUCAACAAGGUCACGGAGCCUAUUUGCUCGAACAAGAUGAAAAAUCCCAAGAUAACUUUAUAAUCAAUGUGGGUGCUCUUCCAUCUGGUAAAGAAUGUCAAAUUAUUAUUUCUUAUGUUACUGAAUUAGAUCUUGUGGAAAAUGGAACUAAAAUUCGUUUUGUUGUUCCAACAACUAUUGCACCUCGUUACAAUCCUGAUAAAGGUGGUAUAAGUUCACCGAGUGGUACAACAUCUAAAUAUGUCCAGUCGAGUCCCUAUACUAUCGACUUUCGAUGUCAAGUUGAAAAAAAGGAAAUUUCUCGUAUUAGUUCAACAUCUCAUCCGAUUGAAGUAGAAUUCGGUCAACAAGAUUUCUAUGUAAUAAAAUUUGCUCAACAAAAUACUCAUUUAGAUCGAGAUAUUCUCUUGGAUAUUGAAUUGACUGAAAAACGAUCAAAUACAAUUGUAGCUGUUGAACCUGGUGCAAUAAUGGCUUCAUUUACACCUAAGGAAGAAGAUUGUCAAGCUAUUAUGAAUAAUGAUGAAAUUACAAAUGAAUUUAUUUUUGUUGUUGAUUGUAGUGGAUCAAUGCAAGAUGAAAAUAAAAUUGGAUUGGCUCGUCAAGCCAUGUUACUUUUUCUUAAAAGUCUUCCUGUUAAUUGUCGUUUUAAUAUUAUUCGAUUUGGAUCGAAUUAUAAAGCUUUAUUUCAAAACAUUACUGAUAUUUAUAAUGAAGAAAAUGCUCGACAAGCAGAUGAAUUAACAAAGAAUAUGAAAGCAGAUUUAGGUGGUACUGAAAUAUUGCAUCCAUUACAAUGGCUUCAACAAAAUCCACCAAGUCAAGGUCGUGCUCGUCAGAUAUUCCUUCUUACCGAUGGUGAAAUUUCGAAUGUCGACGAAGUACUCGAUUUAUGCCGUGCAAUGGUGACUUCAGCUCGUAUCUUUUCAUUCGGUUUAGGUCAUUCUCCAAGUCGUUCUCUUGUCAAAGGCUUAGCUCGAGCAACAAAUGGUCGCUUUGUCUUUAUUCCACCUAACACAAGUGUUGAUGUACAUGUUGGAGAACAAUUACAAAAGGCAUUACAAUCAUGCAUUACAAAUAUUCAUGUUAAUUGGAAUUUAGGUGCAUUGAUUGCGACAAGUGUUCCAACAAAGAUACCACCGGUCUAUGUCAAUGAUCGUCUUAUAGUCUAUGCUCUUUUAGAAGAUAAAUCGACAUUAUUUGAUCAUAAUUCAACUGUAGAAUUAAAAACUGAACAACAGCAUCGACUAGGUGAAGCCAAAAUCACUCGAUUACCAAAUGUAAGCAACAAUGAUAUGAUUGCUAGAUUAGCCGCUAAGGCACUCAUUUUCGAAUUACAACAUUCAAAAUUACCAUCAGUAACUAACACGAAUGUCACUGGUUCAAAACAAAGUCGUUUUCAAAUGCAUCAACAGAUUACAACAUCGAAUGACAAAGAUGAAAUGAACAAGGAGACAAUCAAAAAACGCAUCAUCGAACUAUCACUAAAAUAUAAUAUUCUUAGUCCACAUACAGCUUUUGUAGGUAUUGAGAAACGAAUUAAUGCAAAUAAUGAUAAUAUGGUUUUGCGCGAAGUACCUAUUCAAAUAUCGGCUGAUGAUCAACAUCUGCAAAGUAGUGGAUACUUUGCUGCUUCAGCUAAUACAAGUCUGCUGGUUGAUUGUUUUGCAAUGUCUAUGCCGAUGUCUGCACACUCGUUUGAUCCUUCUGGUUUGGAUGCUAAUGCUUCAAUGAUGUUGUCAUCUUCGGACAUGGGCUGUGACAUGCUUUGUGACGACAAUAAGUUAGAAUGUGAUUAUGGCAAUAGUGUAGAUCAAUAUAUGUCGAAUAUGAUGGAUGAAUUCUUUACAUCUUCUACACUAAAUCAAGUUAACAGCAAUGUAAGAACAAAAGACGACUCAUGGCCUACAGACAAUCAAGAUAUUGUUCGUCAUUUGAUUGACAAACAAAAGUUCGAUGGUUCUUGGGAUUUGGACUCGAAAAGUAUUAAACAGUUAACAGGAAAAGCAUUGACUGAUUUUCAACAAACAAUAAAUGAUCAAGUAUUGGUUACAGCUAUUAUUGUUGUCGUACUUGAAACACGUUUUGCUUCAUUUUCAUCAAUGUGGCAUGGUAUUGUACAAAAAGCACGUAAACGUCUUAGUGAUCUUCUCGGCAAAGAUGCAAAGAAACUUGAUUCUUUGUUAGAAAACAUACGUAAACGACUCUAA